CUACGCUGCGACGUUCGACUUUGCGAUCUACUAUCAAGCAGGUGUAGGUCUUACGGCGCACUUCUAAAUCCGCCCCCUAAUCGCAUCACAUGAAUUAGAGCCAAGAGGGAACGGCAGAUACAGACAGGCAUCCAACAUCCAAGAUGUCGUCAGCGAUUCCUCACGAGGAGCUUCCCAUCCUCGAAGCGCUCGUUAACAUUCGCAAUCGCCUAACUGCGCUCAAAAAGGAUAGCGGAGAGUACAUCAAGCCGCAAGAUGUCAUGGAUAUCUACAAGGCUGUCAUCAAGCAGGUGACGCGGCUAAAUGCUGUGCGUGACGAGCACGACAUGGCAGAGGCAGCUGCCGCCAGUACAUCUUCCUCAGCUGCGCCACCGCCACCGGCAGCAGAUUCAUCUGGCACCGAGGGUAGCUUCAUCUCACCAAGUCCCUCGACGACAGGAGUAUCGGCGAACGACUUGAACAACUCGUCGUCGUCGUUGAAGGCAACGCAUGGGUCCAUUGGCAGCACUGGCACCAACGCUGGUACUAACAGCAGCAGCAGCAGCCAGCCGAUCGGCGAGCACACCAAGGCUGCGUCUUCGCAACAAGAGUCACAUGCAUACGCCGAUAGCUUGCCCAAGUACAACCGCGUCGACACGACGCUCAAUGACGUCUUUGCUCUGCUCUCGCUCUUCUUCCUCACCAUCGGCCGAUCGCGCGAGACGCCAGCUGCGUUCAGCCAACUAGCCUGCAUGAAGCAGUUCUUCGACCACCUCUCCGAAUCAGGCAUCUACACCGAGGCGGAUCUGGAGCCGUUCAGCAAGCGCCUGGCAGAGCUGCGCGCCAUGAUCCGCAAGGAUGCAGAGCAGGGCAAACACCCGCCUGCGUUGACGAAGCUGAUGAUGCGCAAGCUCGAGGGCUGUGAGAAGCUCUUGGCGAGCCUGCAGGGCACGCUCAAGGUCCUCUCCGUCGAGCUCGUGCCGAUCCACCAGCGCCUGAUCGCCGUGCGGAGGCAGAUUGUUGCGGCGGCCGCCAAGCCGAAGCUGCCGCGCGCGGAGAUCAAGCAGCUGCAGGAGGAGCUGCGCCGGAUCGACAGCAAGCGCGUCGACGGCAAGUUCCUUGGGCCCGGCGGAUCGAGUGUCCCGGCGGGGCAGGCAAUUCUCGUCGGCAUCCUCGAGGAGUGCUUUGAGAUUUGCCACGAGAUCAACGUCCGCAACGACGAGGUGCCCAUGACGCUGCAGCCGAUCUAUGACCGCCUCAGCGAGAUCAAAGCGCAGCUUGAGCAUCUGGUCCUCACACAUCGCUGGACGCUGAGGGAGACAGAUCUGUGGAACUACCAGGUCACGCUCAAGGAGAUCGAUCGCCUGCGCGUCAAUGGCAAGUUCGUCGAUAACGAAGGGAAACAGCCAGAGGGUCAGCCAGUCCUCCUUUACCUACUGCGUCGAUGCUACGGCCUGAUCUACCGCCUGGUCGCGUCGUCGGAGCCGAUCUCGGAGGAGCUCAUGCCGAUCUCCAACAAGCUCUCGACAAUCUCUAAGUGUCUCAAGGAGGUCAGCAAGUAUGGCGGGCCGUACACGAUGCGUGACCUGUAUCCGUACCGACUUGCGCUGCACCAGAUUGACGCGAUGCGCACCAAUAUCAAGGACAAGGAUUUCAACGAUACCGGCGUCAAGAAAUGGCUCGGUCGCGACGGCAGUAUACCUGAGGGACAGGCGAUCCUCAGGGCACAAUUUGAGGAGGUCGAGCAGACGAUCCAAGAGAUGCUCAACCAAGAGGAAGAGGAUGACGACGAGGAGGGCUCGGAUGGCGAAUGGGAGGCGGGCAGCAGUGCAGCGAGCGCAAGUGGUGCCGUGACGGAUAGCUCGGUGUCUCAGGCCUCGGUCUCAGAGUAUGGCAGUCGCAUCUUUGGUCUCGGAGCCGGCGGUACGGGUGUGGCUGGCACCGGGUCGUCUACGCCUGCAAGCCCCGCACCCGGCUUCUCGCCUUCCGGGUUCGGCAUCGCACCUGGGAUCGGACCCGGGAUCUCGUCCUCUGCCAGCCCCAUGGGCAUCGGCAUCGGUGCUACGGGCGCGGCGCAUGGCGGAGCUGCAUGGGGCGGCUUCAAUUCGCACGGUGUCACGGCGAGCCUGAUUGGCGCCGGUGCUGGCGGUGGCAGCGGUGGUGUGAAGGGUGGCCACGAGUCUCCGGCUGCUGCGAGCGUGAGCGCGGAUGUUAGCACCAGUGGUGCGUCACCCAGCUUCCUCGCGACGAGUCCAAGCCCGCUCAUGCGCUGUCCCCUAGGGCAGAACCACCACAUGCCGCCACUUGAUCUCGGACAGAACAAGCUCGCCGGGGCGGCGGCGAGUGGGGAAACUUCGGCCGCUGCCGCAUCUGCCACUCUUGCCGCUGCUCUUCCUCCUGGGCAGCACCCUUCUCCGAGCGGCCCUGGCGCUGGUAGUACACCCUCCGUCCCAGAGCAACAAGCGUCAGCGCCAGCGCCUGAAGAGCCAAAGAGCGGACUGGCCGUCGUUGGGCCUGGUGGUAACAUACUUGAGCGCCUGCCAGCUGAGCCGCCUGUCGUUGUGCCGGCGCGAGAACAGCUGCAUGCUGCAGGUAAGCAGCAGCACUAUAACGCGACUGCGCAUGUGAAAGCGGCAGAUGGGAAAGGGCUAGGAGCUACAAUGGGGUUAGGAAGCGGGGCUGGGACUGGGACGAGCAUUGAGGUGGACAAGGUCGGGGCAGGAGCAGCAGCAGGGACAGCGGCGCCAUCAGGGACCGAACAGCUCGCACACAGUUUGAAGAGCGUCGACCUGCAUGAGAACGGUCACACAGAUGCAUAGUGGUGCCAUCUAGCUCUGCUUUGCACUCGUGUUGGUGCGGAGCGGUGGACGCCGUCCAACUUUGUGUCCACAUGCAUGAGAACCUCACAGAGAUGUCUUUCAUGGCCCAUGCAUCCACCUGCAACGUAGAAAGUGGUAGAAUUCAUAGCCGUUGCACGUUUGUAUCUGGGUUGCCUUGAAAGAAUUUGCACUUGCGCGCCUUUACGUCCUAAACGUGCUUCAUUGGUCACCCCGACCGAUUGAAUAUCCCGAUCAGCCAAUUCGACGGUGUGGCCCUUUUUGACUC